AUGGCGGCGACCGUGCCGCCAGCAAACGAUGAACCGGGUAAAACCCACCCGUCUGUGGACCCGGCCGACAGCGAUCUCGAUGCGGAGGGAGAGGAAGAAACCGACCUAUAUGAGAUGGACCAACAGCUCCAAGAUGCUGUGCAUCGAGCAUACACUGGAGAGGCCGAUGAAGAUGGGCCAGACGAAGCUGCGGACGGAAGUGCUGGCGCCGACGGCCUGAAUGGAGAUGGUGGCGAUAAUGACGAGGCAGAGCCUGUGGGUGCUGUUAAGCUUCCCGACGAGGAUGUGCCAUCCGAAGAUGACUAUGCGGAAUCUGAGACAGCUGAUGCGGAUGCCGACCCCGUAUUUGAAGUCAACGACCGUGAUGCAUCAGAACCCGAGUCCACUGAUCACGAAUCAGAGGCUGAAGAUUGGGAGGCCGAGAGCAAUGAUAAUGAAGACAUCGAGACUGAUAUCCGCAGUCGCACAAAUUGCGUGUUUUGCAGUCAAGACGAAGAACACGACCCAAGUGAAGAUUUCGAGGAAUGGUUGACCUGCAUUGUCUGUGGUGAUCAUUCUCAUCGCCAAUGCGCUCGCGAGCAAGAAGCGUUCGAUGAUUCUGAAGGAACAGACCCGUGGAGGUGUCUCACUUGUGUUCGUGAUAAUAUAAAACCUGACCCGAUGGAGCACGAGGUGCCAGCACAUAAAGCCUCCAUUCUCCCGAAAGAACUUCUCCCUGCACAUGCAGGCACUCACGAUGAAGGAUUUCACUCAAUCUUCGAAACGGGAGUCAAUGAUGAGAUGCUCAACAGCUCUCGAUCGCUUCGCAAACGCAAGGCAUCUUCAAUCGAAGCCGAAGACCACGUACCUGUUCUUCGAAAAAGGUUACGUCAAACGUCAUUCCGCGGCGAGCGUCCCGGUUUAAACGACACAUCCCUCGAUGGUGCUGCCGAUGCUGCCGAGAUCGAUCCUCACUCUCCUGCUCGGACGCGUUCCGUUCGUGUUAGGCGCACACGUGCUCUAGAUCGAGAACACUGCCGUGUAGUAACAAGACAAUUCGGCAAACUGAUCGUUGGCUUCCGACUUGACGAGACCAGAAUGUCUAAAAUCACAGGCGCCCAAGCCCGACCACAACGCAAGAAGAAGAAAGCCCCAAAGCCACCAGUCGCCCCUCCAGAACCUCAAGCACAUUUUGUUCCGCUUCCUCCUGUAUCUUAUAACACCAUCACCUUGUUUGACCGAGAGACCGAUGACCCCAAGUCUAAACCAUAUGGGGGCAUCCUGACCGAGGUUGAGCAAGACACCUCCAAAACACUUCCCACACAGUUCGAUCGUGAACGAUUCGAACAGGCUCGCCUGAAAGCCGAAGACGAAUGGCAACAAAAGGUCAGAGAGGCAGAACUCAAUGGCGAACACACACCACAUGCCUCCCAAAAAGUCUCUGGCCCUCCCUCAAAGAUCAAAUACAUCAACUUUGGUGGCUAUGAGAUCGAAACCUGGUACGCUGCGCCUUACCCGGAGGAAUACAGUCGCAACCGUGUCCUAUACAUUUGCGAGUUUUGUCUCAAAUACAUGAACUCGGACUAUGUCGCCUGGCGCCACAAGCUCAAGUGUCCUGCUAAGCACCCUCCUGGGGACGAGAUCUACCGCGACGGAUCCAUUUCAAUUUUCGAGGUCGAUGGACGGAAGAACCCCGUUUACUGUCAAAACCUCUGCCUUCUCGCCAAAUUAUUCCUUGGCUCCAAGACUCUUUACUACGAUGUUGAGCCCUUCCUAUUCUACGUGAUGACCGAGUACGACGACUUAGGUUGCCAUUUUGUUGGCUACUUCAGUAAAGAAAAGCGUCCCAGCUCGGCAAACAACGUCUCCUGCAUUCUCACCCUACCUAUUCAUCAGCGAAAAGGUUAUGGUAACCUUCUCAUCGACUUCUCUUACCUCCUCACUCGCAUUGAAGGCAAGAACGGAUCUCCCGAGAAACCACUCUCUGACAUGGGGUUGGUCUCUUAUCGAAACUACUGGCGACUCAUCUUGUCGUACCAGCUUCGCGAUCUGAAGACACCUGUCAGCAUCGCUGAUCUGUCUGACCUAACCGGAAUGACGGCAGACGAUAUCGUUUCUGCCCUCGAAGGACUUCGGGCUCUCGUGCGGGAUCCCAUUACCAAGACCUACGCAAUCCGACUCGACCACAAGUACUACGACGAGGUAAUCAGCGGUUGGGAGAGCAAAGGUUACGUUCAGCUGAACGAGGAUGCCCUUCUCUGGACACCUUAUAUCAUGGGACGUAGCAACCAGUCACACUUCGACCGUGCUCCUAUGCAUGCAGUUGCUCAGAGGGAUGACCCUGACGAAGAUGAAGAGGUUGAGGUCGAAGAUGCCCCCAUAAUGAAUGGUUCCGGUCCGGAUGCACUUGAUGAGCCUGCUGGGCCGCCCUCCACAAUGACUCUCCACUCCAGUGGCGCCCAUCAUCACCAUCAUCACCACCACGCAGCGGGACACUCUGAACUCCCACCCGUCAACCCUGCAGCUGGAAUUCCACCAUCUCGGUUCGAGCUCUGGCCUCCAGUACUAGCCGCAGCACCUAAACGCAAGCCUGGUCGUCCAUUUGGCAGUACGAAGAAAGACAACCAUCGAGCAUCCCUGACACCUUCGGUUCCCCGUAACAGUGGUCGCAACACCCCUCGACGGCCAUCUGCGCUGGCAAUGUUCACACCAGGAGGCAGUGUUCGUCGCGGACGGAGCUCCAUUGUCGCAGAAUCCCCCGCAGCCGAUGCAACCCCCUCCCACUCCAGCAUCCUUGGAUUAGAACGAGGUCACGAGAUCGAGGAAGAAGCCGUGGUUGAUGAUGACGUGGAUGCCGACGGCGAGGUUGAUGACAUGCCUGUAGCAGAAGUCGACGCAGCCGUUGAAACAGAAGGUGUCAAUGGCAACACUACUCGCGACGCACCUCCUCAGACCAACGGCAUCAGAUCACCCAAGGUCCCAGAGAACAGCGAGCCGCUGAAGACACCCGACAAGAAAAGCAAACACCCGUCUCGGUCUCCAGAGACAGCCAUCUCCCUGCGAUCUCACCGGUCAAACGAUAAUCCCAAAACACCCCGCUCAGUCAACCGCAAAGCCCUAGUCGAAAAGGUCCAAUUCAUGGUCCCCGCGGAACCAGGUUCCGCCUCGAAGUCAGAGGGCAAAGGCGAAGGUGCCAAGUCUGUCAACACAAAUGGCAUCGACGCCGACUCAGACGCAGAUGCGGACGCCGAGUAUGAAGUAGACGGCGACGUCGUGAUGCAGACAUGA